CCGGAAGUGUGAGGACCGCUACGUAAUUGGGCCACAGGGAGGCUGGGAGCUGCAGCGCUAUUCGGACAGGAGCCGAAUGAGAGACUCGGGAACAGCCAAUUUAAAGGAAAGCGUGGAGAUUUAAAAAAAAACAGACAGCCUCCUGCCAAAGGCUUCACUCGCUAUGGAAGCACUAGUUGAGCGACUGGAACAGGCUGUGAUUCGGCUCGAGACCGUUUCAGCCAAGCUUCAGGGUGGCGCUGGGAACUUGUCCAAUGGCGAGAUCAACGGAUUUAAUGGUGAAUCCCAGUGCAUGGCUGCAUUUGACCAUUUACUGAGAGGCCCUCUGUCUGAAUACUUGAAGAACAGCCGGACUAUUGGAGGAGAUGUGGCAAAACAUGCUGAGAUGGUACACAAUGCCCUGCAGGUACAGAAGACUUUCCUCAAAUUGGCCGCCACACACCAGGAGCCUGCACAGACAGAGCUGGCAGACCUCCUCAGGCCCAUCUCAGAGCAGAUCGAGCAGAUCCAGACUUUCAGAGAGAAGAACCGUGGCAGUCGUCUGUUUAACCACCUGUCUGCUGUCAGCGAGAGCAUUCCUGCCCUGGGAUGGGUGGCAGUGAAUCAGAAACCAGGGCCCUACGUGAAGGAGAUGAACGAUGCCGCUAUGUUCUACACCAACAGAGUCCUGAAAGACUACAAGGACACUGACCCUUGCCAUGUGGAGUGGGUUCGCUCCUACCUGAGUAUCUGGACUGAACUGCAGGCGUUUAUUAAACAGCACCACACCACUGGACUCGUCUGGAGCAAGACUGGUCCUGUAGCUCCUUCAUCCAUACUCAUGGCUGAACCUGCUACUCCCUGCCCUCCACCUCCACCACCUCCUCCACCUGCAUUCACAGACGAAGGUCCAAAGCCUGACAACAGUGCGGCUCAGCGUUCAGCUCUGUUCGCCCAGCUCAACCAGGGAGAGGCCAUUACUAAAGGAUUGAAGCAUGUGGGUGAUGAGCAGAAGACCCAUAAGAACACCGCUCUUCGCUCUCAGGGUGGAACAAGCCAGGCUUCUCCUUCAAAAGGCAGAGCUCCCAGCAGCUCUACUCCGACACCAGCUAAGAAAAGAUCUCCCGUCUUGGAACUGGAGGGGAAGAAGUGGAGGGUGGAGUACCAGGAACAGGUGCAUGAUCUGGUAAUAGAAGAAACAGAGCUGAAACAGGUGGUCUAUAUCUUUAGCUGCAACAACUCCACACUUCAGAUUAAAGGCAAAGUCAACUCCAUCAUAGUGGACAACUGCAGGAAGCUUGGCAUUGUGUUUGAGAAUGUGGUUGGCAUUUUUGAAAUCAUCAACUCCAGAGACAUCCAGCUCCAGGUGUUGGGAAAAGUGCCCACCAUUUCCAUCAAUAAGACAGAGGGAUGCCACAUCUACUUGAGUAAGGAGUCUCUCAACUGUGAGAUUAUCAGUGCCAAGAGCUCAGAAAUGAACAUUCUGGUUCCUCAGGAAGAUGACGAUUAUAGAGAGUUUCCUGUGCCGGAGCAGUUUAAGACCGUUUGGGACGGGUCCAAGCUGGUGACAGAGCCGACUGAGAUUGCUGGCUGAUUGACAGAUUCAUUUUCCUUUCCACAUCUCUGCUGAUAGCCCCAUUACCCGUAGCUCUCACUGCACUCUCAGCACACAACAUUUUAGACAGAUUCAUCUUAUACCUGAAUUAUUGUUAGUGACAAUUCUCCAUUAAAAAGGCUAUUUAGUGUAAGAAUAGAACUAAUCUAGUCCACAUACUAGAAAUUCAAUCAAAUUUAUGAUGAAGGUUCAGAUUUAACCACAAUAAUAAACAAUAGCUGUAUUGUUUUACCUUUUUCUUUCUUUUCCUUUUACCAAUUUCAAGAUUCUGUAAUUCUAAAUUUAAUUAAAUCUACCCUAGUUCAGUAUAUCUUCCCAGACUAAAAGUCAAGAUCUAUUCAGAUUAUUCUAGAAAUACAAUCCCUGGUGAUAAUGAAGAAAAACUAUUUGUUCUAAGGCACUUUUGAAUCUCAUGCAUCAGUCCUGUCCAAUUUGUGUCUUUCUGUUACAUGUAUUUUGAAACCCGUUUUCUGUUUUAAUAAGAAGUUUGAGAUUUUAAAUCAUGAUUUAGCAAGACUUCAGGCAUUUUUAGACUGAGAUUAGGACUAGAUCUAAAAAAAAAAAAAAAGAAGCAGACUGAAUAUACACUUCGAGACUACUUGGUGAAUGUGAGAAACUGGCACUUGGUGUGCAAACAAAUGUGUGCCUCAAGGAUGACUUUUUUUAUAUAUCUUUUUUUUUAAUUUAGCAAUUUUGUUAUGUAUAAUCUACCAUGUAUUGUGUUUAUUUUUAGGCAUCAGCCAGCACAGUGUUUCAUACAAUGGUAUACUGUGUAAUGUACAGUCAACCUGUGCCAUCAUAGUCAUACACUGAAACAACCAUGUCAUAAAGAAACACUACAUAAUAUAAAUAUAGAAUAUAAGAAAACUCAGUU